AGCACCGUGGCGAGUUAUUUAAGUCGAAUAUUUCGCAAUUUUACAAAGUUUACGCGUGUUACAUUCACGUAAAAUAGUUUUAAAAGUGUCAAUAUUGUUCUAGUAGUGAUGUGGGUGAUAGUUUUAGUUGCUUUCCGAUAGUUGUUGAAGUGUUUUGUAGUGAUGUUGUGAUCCUAUAGUUAACGGUAUUCCGGUUCUGAACUUUUGUCUGAAUUUUGAGUCGAGACACACCUAGAUGUAGGCUGUAACGCGGAAGGAGCCGGAUGUCAAGCCAUGCGUAAAUUUUGAUUAUUUACUUUACUUAACGGACGCAUCAUGGCGUCAAGAUGGCUCCUAUUGGCGGUCUGUUGCACAGUCUCCAGUUUUCAACAUGGUUCAGCCAACCAGUUGCCAGUGUUCACUCAGGACAUGGAUAACCUGCCACUGUCGGAGAGCAAGCCAGUUGGUCAGAUCGUGUACACCCUACAAGGCACGGACCCAGAGGGAUUGCCAUUAAGGUACGGAUUGGUGGGAACAGACAAGUUUUCUGUCAAUCCGACAACCGGAGAAGUUACCCUAGUGCAGCCUUUAGAUAGAGAGAAAGAAGACACCAUAAAAUUUCUAGUCUCAAUAGAAAGCGUCCACGCAGACGAGUCGAAUAAUUUGCUACAAACUCAACCUGUCACGGUCAUCGUUUUAGAUGAAAAUGACAACCCGCCUAUUUUUAAGAAUAGUCCUUACGAAGUAGAUGUACCAGAAGACGAGGAGAUUGGCAAAACAAUUUUGAGCACCAUUGAAGUUGAAGACAAAGACUCUGUCGGAGAUAGCUUAGAAGUUGGAUGCGUUCCUAACGACCAAUGGCCAGAAGCAUGUGAUAUCUUUGAGGUGGUGAGCCUGCAGUCUACCGCUAACCAAUAUAGCGGUGCACUGGUACUCAGAAAGAAGCUUGAUUACAACGACAAACAGUUCUACCAAUUUCAAGUUUAUGCCACGGAUGGUAAGCUGAACUCUACAGCCCACGUAGAAGUCAAAGUAGUGGAUGUACAGAAUACACCGCCUGUAUUUAGCGGGUCGCUAAGUGGCUCUCUGUCGGAAGACGCACCGGUUGGUACCGUGGCCCUCAUCAUAAAAGCCCGUGACGCCGACCGCGCCCAACCCAGAGACGUGAAACUGGAACUCAUCACUAAUCCCCUCGACUUUUUCUGGUUGGACAGUAACUCGGGUGAACUGAAAACUGCAAAGCCCUUGGACAGGGAAGCUCUUGCCGACCCAUCAUCACCCCUUAACCUCACAGUUAGGGCGAGUGAAAUCGUAAACGGUGUACCAGUAAUCUCCAACCUUACAUCAACACUAGCUACUGUCACAAUCACCAUAAAGGACGUGAAUGAUGAGCCACCUCGAUUCAACAGACGCGAGUAUAGUGUAGAGCUACCAGAGAGUCUGCCUUUUGGCACGCCACUACCCAACCUGGAUAUGGUCGUGACUGAUACUGAUGUGGGCCUAAACUCCGUAUUCUCUCUUCGUUUAUCGGAUGAGAUGGGUGCGUUCAUUGUUGAACCUUCUACAGCAACAGGUAGUGCUACUGUUACUCUGCGACUUAAUUCAAGCUUGGAUUAUGAAGAUCCGAACCAGAGGAAAUUUAUUUUAGAGGUAAUUGCCGAAGAACUUCACACAUCACCGCGUCUAUCCUCGAAAGCAAGUGUAACAGUAUCGUUAACGGACGUGAAUGAUAACGCUCCUCAAUUUGCUGAUGGACCAUAUUCUACAUCAGUGGCCGAAGCAGCACCUGCUGGCACCAGGGUUGCUGCUAUCAGAGCGACUGACAGGGAUACUGGAAGAUUUGGCACAGAAGGCAUCGUUUACCAGCUAUCUGGCAAUGGUGCUGACCUUUUCAACGUGGACAAUCGGAGCGGUGUUAUCACAGUAGCACCUUGCCCCAGGCCCGGACAAGCGCCGUGCCUUGACUAUGAGACAAGAAAAGAUUACUUCUUGCAAUAUAAAGCUACAGAUGACGAUGGAGCAGGACAAAUGACAGUGGUCUCCCUCCAGAUAUCACUCACUGAUUCCAACGACAACCCGCCUAUUUUUAUUACGCCAGUCUACAGGGCGUCCAUUGAUGAAGAUGCUGUGAAGUUUGAACCAGAGUUAUUGGUUCAAGCCCGCGAUGUAGAUACAACUUCAGAUAUUCGCUAUUCAAUUGCUUAUCCCCCGGAUUCUCCAUUCUGGAUCGAACCGAUAACUGGCAGAAUUUCCGUCAGAGGCGGCGCCAUUUUGAAUUCCACAAAUGAAAAUCGAAUCGUGCUUACUAUAGUGGCCACUGACGGUGUCCACAAUGCAACCUGCAAAGUGGAGAUCACAAUCCGAGACGUAAACAAUCACGCCCCAGCUUUUGACACUGAUAAAUACGACGCUAGUAUUGCAGAAGAUGCAGCGAUUGGUACUGAGGUGUCAGCAGUAAGAGCAACGGAUCUUGACAGUGGUAUAAACGCAGAAAUGAAAUAUGGUAUACAAAAAGGGGCUUUGGAUUCCUUUAUCAUUGAUAACGUGACUGGAGUAGUUACUGUGGCAUCUAAGCUUGACUUUGACAGACGCAAUACAUAUCGGAUACAGAUCGUCGCUACUGAUAUGGGUAUACCAAGUUUAACUGGUACAACAGAACUAACUGUACAUGUAAUAAACGUUAACGACAAGAAACCUAACUUCACUCCGAGCGUUCAGAGAGCUGAAGUUUCCGCCGAUGCUGAUGUUGGGACCGUGUUACAUAAUCUCAUAGCUGUAGACCCAGAUAUAACGGACAAUGGACAGUUGAAGUACGAAUUAGCCACGGAUAGAAUUAUUAACGCUGUGGAUAAGAACGGGAAAGAGGUAUCUCAAGAAGGUAUAUUUGGUUCAUGGUUCAGCGUAUCACAAAAUGGCAGCGUAUAUGUAUCACAACAUUUGGACAGAAACCGAGCAGCCGUGAUCACUCUACCUGUAGCAGUUACGGAUGCUUCAGCUCCAACGUUACAGAAAACUGAUGGUGAACUUAUUAUAAACAUCGUAGAUGUAAAUCGCCAUGCUCCAGUAUUUGGCCAACCAGCAUACGUAGAGAAAAUACUCGAAGAACAACCAAUUGGUACCAUUCUCAACACAUACACAGUGACAGAUAAGGAAACACCCAUAGCGGCGAUUGUGAUUUAUCCACCCAGCCCCUACUUCGACAUUGACAAUGUCACAGGCGUACUAAAAACAAUUCAACGCAUAGACUACGAGAAAGUCCACUCGAUAAACUUCACCCUGGUAGCUUACGACUCUGGGGUGCCACAGCUGUCAUCAUCAGCGGGUGUGUUCGUGGAGGUGGUGAAUGUGAACGAUGAGGAGCCCAAGUUCCUUGCUCUUGAAUACACAGCUGUAUUGGUGGAGCACACUGAGCCACACACCAUAGUCCUGAAUGUUACAGCUACUGAUAAUGAUGAAGGAAAAUUUGGUGAUGUUACCUACAGUCUAUCGGGCGAACAAUCAUCCCUGUUCAAUAUAGACCCUGUAUCUGGUGUUAUAACAGUGGCCGAAAACUCGAUCAUAGAUCGUGAGUUAACCACAGACCUUAGAUUCCGUGUUGUAGCAACUGAUAACGCUCCUGAUAAUUUGAAGAAAUCUGCUAGCGUGCCUGUCCACAUAAAAAUCCAAGACCUAAAUGACAACGCACCGAUCUUCACCCAGAAAGUAUAUAAGAGCACGAUAGCUGAAAACCUCCAACUAAACCCGCCCGCUGCGAUACUUCAAGUUCUGGCUGAGGAUGAGGAUGAAGGGGUUAACGGGAAGAUUAUGUACAGCAUACUGGAACAGAGUAAGCCUGGAACAUUCUCAGUGGACCCGAACAGCGGUAUCAUAUAUCCAGCUAAACCAGUCACUGGUGACACUAUCUACCAGUUAACAGUGGCGGCGAGAGACGAGGCUGGCAAGGGUCAUCAAGACAUAGCCAAAGUGGACAUAUCAGUGCUGAGCGUCAAUAAGCACAGCCCUGUAUUUGUGCUACCGCCACCCGACCAAAGGCAAAUCGAGAUACCUGCGAGUGCAGCAGUUCCUGACUACUUAAUAACUACAAUACAAGCAACAGAUGAAGACUCUGGUGAAAAUGGACGGGUUUCGUAUCACUUGGAUGACAAAAAUGAGGCGCAAUUCAGUAUCCAUCCCAGUACUGGAGAGCUUAGAACCAAAACUUUCCUGGAUUAUGAGCAACAGGCUGAAUAUCAGCUAGCAAUUGUGGCGGCAGACAAUGGAACUCCGGCGCAGUUUGAAACACUACGGUUAUUGACGAUAGUACUAGUUGAUAACAAGGACAAUGCACCAAGAUUCCUUCAGAGGCAUCACCAAUUUACUGUGCGGGAAAAUUUGUCACCAGGAAUCAUCGUUGGAAGUGUCAAGGCCAUAGACAAAGAUUCCGGUGAUAAUGGUAAAGUUUACUAUCAUAUUCUCGAAGGGAAUCAAGAAGGGGCAUUCGUACUCGACAGGACUCAAGGCAUUAUUAGAUCUAAUGUGACAUUUGACAGGGAAGUUCAAGACGAAUAUACGAUGACUAUUUACGCGAGUAACAACCCUUUGCUCGAACACGCGGCGGCCAUUUUGAAUUCCAUAGACAACAGCACAGAUAGCCAGGACAUCAGCGUUACCACGGUUAAGAUAAACAUUUUGGACGAAAACGACAACGCACCGACGUUCCGACAAACGAUAUAUUACGCAGGUAUAAAGCACACAGCCCGCGUGAACGAGCCCAUAAUAUCCAUUGUGGCGGACGAUCCGGACCUCGACGUGAACGGGACCUUAGUGUAUAUGGUAGCUGCUUCCAACCUGUACAAGUUUGGCGAUUCCAAGUCCAGCGGCAGCGUUGUUCCAUCGCCGUUUAACAUCACUCAGGAUGGUAUCCUUACAACUGCGAACUAUAUGUCGGAAUACAAUCAAGACCGGUUUGUUCUUGACGUCAUCGCGCAGGAAGUAGCUGCACCAUACAGACAAGCGAAAGCGCAGGUUUAUCUUUGGAUCAUAGAUCGCUCAUCACUCAUGCGUAUGGUAGUAUCACGAAGUUGUUCAACUCCGGUGGAUGGUGUCCAGGCUAAAUUGGCUGAUGUGGGGCAGGCUCUGCUCAUUGCGGGUCGCAAACUGCCCUUAGUGCAAGCGGAUAGACGGUAUGAUGACUGGUGCGAGAUACAUCUACACGCGGUAGAUCCCAAAACGUACCAAGUUUUGCCGGUUGACAAAGUACUGGAGACGAUAGAUUCCAAAUAUGAUCAGCUCAAGGACGUGUACCAGCAAUAUGGAGUGGAGACUCUCAUCGCUGCUAGUGCUACUUCUAAAGCUCCGGAUAGUUUCGAUCCAGCACUUGCAGCGUUAAUAGCACUCCUCAUCGUUCUCUUUACUGGCAUUGUCACUUUCGUGGUGGUCUGCGCCUGCCUCAAACAUUGGGCGCCUUAUUCCAGGGUGAUACCCCCACCGUCUCUUCAGUCCAGCAAGGGGGACAGUCUCGCCAGAAGGCGGAUUCUCGAGGAGCUGAGUACCACGGAAAACCCUCUAUGGUUGGAGACCAAGCUCCGACCAUAUGAGGAACAGGAGCUUACUAUGAAUGUCUUCGGAGACCAAAAUGAGCAAAAUGCUGAACAGCCUCCUGUGAUGCCCGAUAACACCUACGCCACUAUUCAAGGCAGUCGAGCGACGGAGAGGUUUGGCGACUACGCCACUUUAGCCGGUGACUCGCCAACCCCCCUUGAGGCAGCCCUUGGUUUUCAGGGCAGUACGUUCAAGCCUCCAUCGCCGGAUACGCCGGAACCUCCGCCUAGGCCGGCUGGCAUGGGACCACUAUCAUGAUUGGAGGUUUUUCAUGGAAGAUAUUGUAUAUAGUUUUAUGUAGAAACUUAGACAAUGCACAUGUUGACGACGUAUUACUUAAUAAAUGCCCCAUCGAUGUUAUAUAAUCUUCACCUCUUUACGUAACAUAAAUCUGUUACGUAAAAAUAGCGGGAACGACCCGCUAUUUUUACGUAACAGAUUUUAAUACAGUUUUCAGCAGUAGUUAAGAGUGAUUUAAGAGAAAGGUUUAUGUGUUGUAAAAAUAUAUGUUUUAGUUCAGAAAAGUCAUGAAAUGAAUCAAUAUGAUGUCGUGACAAACCUAUUUUUGUACUCUUACAUUGCAAACAUUUGGAUAGAAGCAGGCGUUACUUUGCGGAAAUCCAUAAUAUAUUAUGAAAAUUAAGCUUAAUUUGCUAUACUCCGG